AUGACCUUCAUCGCCCUCUUCGAGCUUGGAUCUUUAAUAUGCGGCGUUGCGACCUCUUCCAAUAUGUUCAUAGUAGGGAGGGCAAUCGCUGGAAUGGGGAGUGCGGGUGUGGCAAAUGGUGCACUAACAAUUUUAUGCGCCUCGGUACCUCUUGUGAAAAGAGCUCAUAGGCGUUGUGGUCUCGCCAUUAAUUGGUGGUGUAUUGACGGAGUAUGCGUCUUGGAGAUGGUGUACGUAUCCUCGGCUCUCCGAAAACAGUGUACUCAGUUACUAAGAAUCAAGCUAGGCUUCUACAUCAAUCUCCCCGUCGGCGGACUGGCAGUGUUUGCUCUUCUUUUCGUAUCAUUUCCCGAACCCAUUCUGAGAGGGCCUGGGCCGCAAUCGGAAAUGAGAGCCACAUCUUUAUUCUCUGAGCUCGACAUUAUAGGUUUUCUCCUCCUCUGCCCGGCCCUCGUUAUGUUUCUUCUCGCUCUCGAAUGGGGCGGAUCAGCAUAUAUUUGGAACAGUGCGAUGGUUAUCGGCCUCUUCUGCGGAUCGGCCGGGAGUCUGGCAUUAUUCUUGUUAUGGGAAUAUAAAAAGGGAGAUGCAGCGAUGAUUCCAUUGGGAAUGAUUAAACAAAGGGUGGUCUAUUUUUCUUCGCUGACUUGUUUUUUCCUUUAUGCGAAUAGCUUGGUCACUUCUUACUACCUGGCUAUCUACUUCCAAGGAGUGCGAGGCAAAUCACCGAUGUUUAGCGGUGUGUAUAUGCUACCGGGUGUCAUCGCUCAAAUGGCCUCUGGCUUUCUAUCUGGCUUGGCGGUAACCCGAAUUGGUUAUUACCUACCUCCUGCAGUUAUGGGAACAACCUUAUGCGCAGUCGGAGCUGGAUUAAUGAGUAUGUUCCAUCCGCAUACCAGCUUUGGUGCAUGGGUCGGGUUUCAAAUACUCGCGGGUCUGGGACGCGGUUGUGCGCUUCAAAAUCCUCUCAUAGCAGUCCAAAACAAUCUUCCUCCGUCCAAGAUCCCCGUCAGCAUGGCGUUUCUCUAUUUCUGCCAGACCUUCGGUGGAACACUGUGGCUUUCGUUCGCCAGCACACUUUUCAAUACUGGUCUUACAAACCUUUUACCCAUCUACGCACCAGAUGUUUCUGUUGCGAAAGUCAUGUCGGCUGGUGUCUCUGGAAUACGAUCUGUGGCCCCGCAUUCUAGUGUAGAUAGUGUGGUUAUGGCUUAUAAUAAUGCCGUUCAGCAUGUCUUUUACAUGGUCUCUGGGACUGCGACGGCAGCCUUUAUAUUUAGUUGGGGGCUGGGAUGGAAGAGCGUUAAGAAGAGAACAGACUAG